AUGGAGGAAAGAAAAGGCCGAAAAAAGAAGGUGCUUCUCAUGGGGAAAUCCGGCUCCGGAAAGUCUUCCAUGAGAUCUAUCGUAUUCAGUAACUACGUCGCGAAGGAUACCCGCAGGUUGGGCGCCACGAUCGAUGUUGAACACUCCCACGUCAGGUUCCUCGGGAACCUGACGUUAAACUUAUGGGAUUGUGGUGGUCAGGACGCUUUCAUGGAGAACUAUCUGGCGCAACAACGUGAUCACAUUUUCAAGAAUGUCGAGGUCCUCAUCUACGUUUUCGACAUCGAGUCGCGCGAGUUUGAUCGAGAUCUCAUCACCUACAGCUCGUGUAUUGAGGCUUUGCGCGACAACAGCAGUCAUGCACUCAUCUUCUGUUUAGUCCAUAAGAUGGAUCUGGUACAAACAGAGCUACGAGAGAAACUAUUCUUGGAGCGGAGCGCGGUGUUAAAGGAGCGCAGUAGAGGAAUGUCGAUUGCAUGGGCACAAAUCGUCUAUAACUUAAUACCUAACCUCCCACAACUCGAAAAUCACCUCAGACGCUUUGCAGAGAUUGCCGAAGCCGAAGAAGUUAUUCUCUUCGAGCGCACUACCUUCCUCGUCAUCUCUGCUGUUACGCGCUCUACGGAGCCAAACCCCUACCCCGACCGCUUUGAGAAGAUCUCGAACAUUGUCAAACAGUUCAAGCAGUCAUGCACCAAGAUGGCAUCUAAUUUCACGGCUUUUGAGCUGCGAGCUCACAUGUUUAGCGCCUUUAUUGACGUCCUGACACCAAAUACAUAUAUCCUCGUGGUCAUGCCGGCCAACGCGGCAGAGAGUGCAACGACUUUGAUGAACAUUGCAGUUGCGAGGAAGCAUUUUGAAAAGCUCGAAAAAGACAGUGGUGGCAGGGGAGCAGAAAAGCAGGUGGAAAAUGGCGUAGGUUUGCAUUAG